CACCGACAGGGCGGUCGAGUGAGGGAGCUGCGGGCGGGUGGGUCAGGCAACUCCUUGGGAGGCCGACGCGGGCGGACGGGCGGGUGCUGGGAACCGAGCCUAGGCUUGCGGCCGGCAGUUUCCGUGGAUCUGUGAAGAAGUCGGCGGCCCCUGCGGGCGCCAGUCAGGACACAGCUGGAAGGCUCCAUCUGUGAAUCAGAAAGUGGGCUCGCACCUGACUGAAUCUGCUGGCGUCUUGGACUUCUCAGCCUCUGGAAAUUCUUUAAGAAAAAGUAGAGAUCACUUCUGACUGUACUGAACAGCAAAAAUUAAGUGACUUGCUACACUGUAAAUCAUGGCACUGCCAUUCCGUAAGGACUUAGAAAAGUACAAAGACCUUGAUGAAGAUGAGCUCCUUGGGAAUCUGUCAGAAACAGAACUGAAACAACUGGAAACUGUUUUGGAUGAUCUUGACCCAGAGAAUGCCCUUCUGCCUGCAGGGUUCCGGCAGAAGAACCAGACAUCAAAGUCUGCCACAGGGCCAUUUGAUAGAGAGCAUCUCCUUUCAUAUCUGGAGAAGGAAGCAUUGGAGCAUAAAGACAGGGAAGACUAUGUGCCCUACACUGGAGAAAAAAAAGGGAAAAUAUUUAUCCCCAAACAAAAACCUGUACAGACUUUUACAGAAGAAAAAGUGUCUCUUGAUCCAGAAUUAGAAGAAGCUUUGACAAGUGCUUCUGAUACAGAAUUGUGUGACCUCGCAGCAAUUCUUGGGAUGCACAAUUUGAUAACGAAUACACAGUUCUGUAAUAUAAUGGGAAGUAGUAAUGGUGUUGACCAAGAACAUUUUUCAGAUGUGGUCAAAGGUGAAAAGAUUCUUCCAGUAUUCGAUGAGCCACCAAAUCCAACCAACGUAGAAGAGAGUUUGAAGAGAAUUAAAGAAAAUGAUGCUUAUCUUGUUGAAGUUAAUUUGAAUAAUAUAAAGAAUAUCCCAAUUCCAACCCUAAAAGAUUUUGCAAAGGCUUUGGAAACCAACACACAUGUGAAAUGUUUCAGUCUUGCAGCCACCCGGAGCAAUGACCCUGUUGCUACUGCUUUUGCAGAAAUGCUGAAAGUGAACAAAACUUUGAAGAGCUUAAAUGUGGAGUCCAACUUUAUCACAGGAGUUGGGAUUCUGGCACUGAUUGAUGCGUUAAGAGAUAAUGAAACCCUGGCAGAGCUCAAGAUUGACAAUCAGAGACAGCAGCUGGGGACAGCUGUAGAAUUGGAAAUGGCCAAGAUGCUUGAGGAAAAUACAAAUAUCCUUAAAUUUGGAUAUCAGUUUACACAGCAGGGACCACGAACCAGGGCAGCUAAUGCUAUAACAAAAAACAAUGACUUAGUGCGCAAGAGACGAGUUGAAGGAGAUCACCAGUAAGUCUGCCAAGGUGUAAUCGUUGGAAGACUUCAGAAGAUCACCAAGGGUUCAUGUUGGUGACAUCAGAUGUAAAAUUUUCCUAGGUAGAAGGGAAAAGACUGGAAAAAUUUUUUUAGUGACAUGCAUUUUUUUUUUUUAGUUUAAGUUCUUAUCAGUUUAAAAUUGUAAAAUCAAUAAUGUGAUAUUUUAUAUUCUGAAACAUUUCUACUUUCUGCUGAAAUCAAUUUUAAUUUAGUUUAAUUGAAUGAUUUAUGAUGAAUCUUGAGCAAAAAAAUACAAUUGUAAAAAAUUUCACAGGUCAUUUGUGUAGAAUAAUUUGAACAUUGUGAAGACCAAUCUUUUUUAAAUCAAAAGGGAUAUUGCUGGUAUCAGAAUUGUUAUUGCUUCAUUUAGACAUAAAACACUUCAGUGUUUUCUUCACUCCGUGA